AAGUGCAUAAUCAGUCACGAACUUGUAGCCAUUCUAACCACAUCGUUUCUGCGCCUCACGAUAGACCGGGUUUUGUUGAGAGAGUGAGUCUUUUUGAAUGGAUGUUUCAGAAAACUGGUUUUUGGUGAUUAUUAAUUAGUAAUCGAUAUCGGUCGAACGGUUUAUUCGAGUUUGAACCGGAGUGCAAGUGAAAGCAAAAGACUUAAGCUGACUUUUUACGAUAGUUUGAAAAGUAGUUCAAUGAGUGAAAUAAGCAAGUGAACUUUAUCGAAUGACAACACAUCGUCCAUAGUUUUGGAAAAGAAGACAAAGUGCUGUGAAUUAUGGUAAACAUUGAUCCAACAGCUAUGAAUGGACAAACUAUGUUUAGUAUGGCCCGUGCGCCUUUGAAAUCGAGCUUUUCGAUCAACUCGAUUCUGCCGGAAACUGCGAUGACGACUUCGCCGGCACAUACGCCAUCUCCUUCGCCUCAUUCGUGCCAUUCGCCAAUCGGAUCGGAAGAACAGGAUCAUGAUCUGACCGAUACCGAGUCGGAUUUGGAUGUUACCGGAACGCCGCCGCCAAUGGAUUGCAGCAAUAAAGAAAAGUCAGAUGAAAAUGAAGAUGGUGCCUCAAGUCCCAAGGACGGUGAAAAGAAGGGUAAUGAAAAACCUCCAUACAGUUACAAUGCGCUUAUCAUGAUGGCCAUCCGGCAAAGUGCUGAAAAGCGUCUAACGCUAAAUGGAAUCUACGAGUAUAUUAUGCGAAAUUUCCCAUACUACCGGGAUAACAAGCAAGGCUGGCAGAACUCGAUCCGGCACAAUCUUAGUUUGAACAAGUGCUUUGUGAAAGUGCCUCGCCAUUACGACGAUCCCGGCAAGGGUAACUACUGGAUGCUGGAUCCCUCUGCAGAAGAUGUAUUCAUCGGUGGAUCUACCGGAAAACUUCGCCGUCGUUCAACCGCCGCAUCACGAAGCCGUCUAGCUGCCUUCAAGCGAUCACUAGUUGGGCCAAUGUUCCCGACUCUGGGCUAUCCUCAGUUCAACCAAUUCAUGUAUCCGUCGCCUGCCCAUGCACAAACGGCCCUGUUGGCCCAAAUGUACUCAAGGUAUGCCCCAUAUGCACCAAGUAUAGCACCGAAGCCUGCCCUGCCACUUCCGCUACCACUGUCCGUCGGUGCACCAGGAUUCGGCAUGGAUCGAUUGUUAGCCGCCGGGGUUGCACCUCAGCUUACGCAUCAAGGAAUCUCCCCGCAUCAACAAGCACAAGCUGAACUCUACCAAAGACUUCAAUACCAGCAACUCCUCCAGCACCAUGCUGCCCAAGCCCAGGCUCAAGCGGCUCACAUGCAGCAGCUAAGUCCUACGGAAAAUCAUCAACAGCACUCACCUACCCUGCCGAAUCAGCCUCCUUCAGCAACUAAUAGCAUAUCGCAUCAACCGCAAGGAUCGCCGACGGGACCGACCAUCUUCAAGCCAAUCCCAAGGCAUAGCUGAGAAUCUCCGAGCCAAGCUAUGCCGGUCCCGGCACUCGAUGCCGACACCUUCUAGUGCAAAUAUUUAUUUAUUAGCUAAAUUCAAGAGUCUACUUAGAGUUCUGCUGCAGACGCAAACGAUGGCAAACGCCAAACCAGUGAUAUCUAAUGAGCAAGAAGAGAUUGUAGAAUUCAACUUUCCGACCCUCGGCCGAGACUCACUCUCACCUUCGGCUGAUCGUGAAAGCUUGGAACGUGCUAUAUUGUAGUGACUUAAAAUUGGUCUCACACCGAGCAUUGAGUUUUUUUCCAUGAAAAACGCACCUGUUAAGUAACUGUGACUGUCUUUGUUUGAUCGCCAAUUGUUAACGAACCGGUCUUUGUUGCAAUUGUUUAGAAGCUAGGCCUGAACGAACCAAUCACAACGCGCUGUAUAUAU